UCAUAGACAUCACCUUCUUCUUUUUGUCUACGGACACGUUGUGAGCACGUUGUAAUUGUGUAGUUUUUGAGAAAACUACAAAAAUGUCGUCUCAUCUCAAUUGGAUGAUCAUCCGUAACAACAACGCCUUCCUGGUGAAGAAGCGUAACAUAAAGAAGCCGUUCAGCAAGGAGCCCAGCAAUGUGACUAACCUCAACUCCUACAGAUACAAUGGCUUGAUCCACAAGAAAGCUAUCAGCGUGGUCGAAAACCCUGACAAGAAAGGUUUCUCAGUGGUUUACAAGAAGGCUAAAGCUACAAACAAGCCAGUAAAGAACUCCAUACGCCGAUCUUUCAAAGCCGGCGCCAGAAGAUCACUCUUCAAGGUAAAACGGUUGCUGCAAGCGAACCACUACCGUACAGACUUGACUAAGGCUACUCUUCGCCGCGCUUCUGCUAUCCUCAGAUCCCAGAGGCCGCUCAAGGCGAAAAAACCUAAAGCAGCUGCUGCCAAGACAGAAUAAGUUUUGUAUGUAAGGGUCAAUAAAAAUUUAAAAAGUA